AUGGCCAAAACUCGGCGUCUGCUCCGUGAGGAGAUCACAUACUCCUUUGCCAAACAGAGAAGAGGUUACUAUGAUCAACAAAUCCGAUUUUUCGACUUCCUGAACAGCCAAAAAGAUUCUAUUCGGUCAAUUGUUGCUCAUCAUUUGAAUUUGAGGUCUCCCAAUACCUGCCAUGUUGCCGAAGUUGAGGACUGGCUGUAUGGAAGCUUCAAUGUUUGCAUUCCCGUCACAAUCGUCGAUUGGAAAGGCAAAAAGCAACCUGGAGACAGGGUGCUUCUUCGAAUCCCUCUACCGUACCGUGUGGGCGAAGCUUUUCGACCUGGAAACAGUGAUGAAAAGGUCCGAUGCGAAGCGGGAACCUAUGCCUGGUUGCAAGAAAAUUGUCCAGAUAUACCCAUUCCUAAACUGUAUGGCUUCUCUGUCUCCGCUGGUGUUUUCUCGCAAAUUGAUAACUUGCCGUUCCUGAUGCGGUGUUUAUAUCGUGUUCGUCGCUGCUUGCGCUCCCUUUUCGGAUAUCCUACCCCUUCUCAUUAUGUCGGCCAUCGGGGUGGGCCGGAGCUGUUAAAUGAUGAGAAAGAGCGGAGCAAUUUUUUACUCAAUGAAUACAUCGAAGAAGAUAAAGGAAGGAUGCUAUCUAAGUCUUGGUUGAAGAAACGCGACGACCCUACCCUACGGAUGAACCUUUUUCGAGAUCUCAGUCGAAUUUUCCUCAGCCUCGCGAGACAUCCAGUUCCAAAAAUCGGAUCUGUUACUAUUGAUAACAGUGGCUUUCUUCGCUUUGAGAAUAGGCCACUUCCGCUUGGGAUCCAAGAGCUGGAGAACGAAGAAAUCCCAAUUGAUAUUCCGCGAGACUACACAUACUCCACCGUUGACUCGUAUAUAGUGGAUAUUCUGGGCCUUCAUGAUAGCCGAUUUCGCCACCAGCCAAAUGCGAUAAAUAACUAUAAAUCUUGGAUUCGAAAAACGGGGAAAGACGAAAUGUUACAAGGCAUUUGUGUCGACAGAAUCAGGACCAUAAAUCAUACAGCAUCUUCAGCCAAGGAAAUCCUGCAUCAAAUUCGACCGUAA